CCCUCCACGGAUUAAUUUAUGGAUUGGCAGCUAUGCAGAUCUAUACUCUACCCAACACGCCAAUAUAAUCACGAAUUCACAAUUACGGAGGGAAAACACUUCCAUCUAUAUAUAUUCACAUAUUCACAUUCAAGUACACAGACACAGCAGAGAGAGACGAGAGAAAAUGGAGAGGCUGAGGAGUGGCAUUGGUUGGUGGGCGGUGCUAACGUGCGCUGUGAUGUUGAUGAUGCCGCCGGAGGUGUCGGCGGUGCGCUACAUUGUGGGAGCUAACAUGGGUUGGACUUCAAAUGUGAACUACACCAUUUGGGCUCAGGACAAACACUUCUAUCUUGGCGAUUGGCUCUUUUUCGUGUACGAUAGGAACCAGAUGAACGUGCUCGAGGUAAACAGUACGGAUUAUGAUAAUUGCAUUUCUGAUCAUCCCCUUCACAAUUGGACUACUGGCGCUGGACGGGAAGUGGUUCCUCUAAAUGUGACAAAGACUCGCUACUUCAUCAGCGGCAAAGGAUUCUGCUUUGGAGGAGUGAAAGUAGCAAUUCGUGUCGAGAAACCCCCUGCCCCACCAACAUAUUCGCCACUAAAAAGUCACUCUCCUGGUUUGCUAAAUUCUUUUAGAGGUCAGAUUUUCGUUUUUGCAGUAGCCGCAGUGUGGGAUUCAUUUCUUCUCCUCUUGUAGCAACAAAGUUGCUUGUUUGGAUAUUUGUUUUACCCAAAAUGUUGUGUUUUGCUUCAUUGGUUUAUUAGUUCUUUUGUGUCUUAUUCUAGUAAGGUUCAAAGAUGAAAAUAAGUUAAAAUUUGUAUAUUGUACUGUCCAGUCUUAUCGCAUACUUUUAACCUGAAAAUGAAGGUUUUUCGGGUCAUGAUUUGUGGAAAACUUUUUAUUUGUUCAACAACCUUAAAGAAA